UAUUUUAAAAAAUUAUAGUUUUGGAUUCUGGCUAUACUUCUUGUACUUUCAAUUAAGAUUCACCUUUUAUCCAUUAAUAACAUAUUUCCGAUUGUUGUUUGGCGGACUGUUCAUCACGGUGCAUGAAAUACUAUCGAAAACAGGAUCGUCGAAAUGUAAACGAUGAAGGCGGCCGCGAUAAAAUUUGUUAAUAGUUUAUAAUGACACGUGUCUAAACGGGUCAAUGGCUCAAGUUUGAAAAAAAGAAAAGACCGACAGGUGUCAUAUUACUAUCGUGAAAUUCUUGAUCGCAAAAUGGAAUGACGUUGAAUCUCAUGCAUGACACUUCCGUGAAAUCAGAUACGUGUGUUAUUAUUGAUCAUAAAGAUAAAAAAGAAAUGGACAGGGAUCAUAGGGAACCGCAUGAUCACGAUAAUUUAAAUGAAAACGAGGAGGAACGAAAAGUAGGAAUGGAUUUCCGUAAUUUAUCUCGUCACCAUGGUAUGGAUCAUGUAGCUGAUGUUGAAACAGAGCGGGAUAUGGAAAUUGAUCAAAACGAUCGGGGUGAAAAUUUACAAGACGAUAAACUAGAUCAGAAUGUAGGAAGAAAUUUUCACAGUUUAGCGCAUCAUCCCGCUGUGAGAGACAUGGAAAGGGAUCGAAAUAAUCAUGUAGACAACGUACAUGAUGAUAAAGUUGAUCACAAAAUGGGACGAGAUUUUCGUAAUUUGAGUUCUCACGCAGGCAUUGUUCAUUUACACUCCGGAAUUGAACAUUUAAAUAAUGUUGAUGUAGAGGUAAAAUUAGCAAGAGAUGUCCGUGGUUCUUUAGGUUUGGGACUGUCAUUAGAAUUAUGCGUGGUUUGUGGGGAUAGGGCUAGUGGAAGACAUUAUGGGGCAAUAAGUUGCGAAGGUUGUAAAGGAUUUUUUAAACGUAGCAUUAGAAAACAAUUGGGUUAUCAAUGUAGAGGAAGCAAAAGUUGUGAAGUUACCAAACACCAUAGAAAUCGAUGUCAGUAUUGCAGGCUUCAGAAAUGUCUUGCAAUGGGAAUGAGAAGUGAUUCUGUUCAACAUGAGAGAAAACCAGUGUUAGGCGAAUCAGCAGGAACAAAAGUAGGAAAUAGAAGUCCUAGGGUUAAACCUGAACCACAGCAAUCAGUAUCCGAGACUCCUCCAACUUGGGAACAACCUGAAAGCCCCAGUAUGGAAGACCAAAGCAGUGAUAGUGAUCUUAGUGAUGCAUUAACAUUAGCAAGAGAACGUUUACUUAUUUCGCAUGCAUUAGAUAGUAUGGCUAAACUUAUUGGAGAUAGUGUUAAUGGUUCAAGCGAGCCAGAAGAAGAAUGGACUGGCCAAUUAAUUUCCGAAAGACAUACGUUAUUCGAAUUAAGGGCCCCAAGCCCAGCUCCUGCGUACUUAUCGAUACAUUAUAUUUGCGAGAGUGCCGCUAGAUUACUUUUUUUGUCAGUUCAUUGGGCCCGAGGAAUUCCGGCAUUUCAAGCAUUACCAUCUGAAGUUCAAACAACGUUAGUGCGCACUUCCUGGGGACAGCUUUUUACUUUAGGACUUGCACAAUGUGCAUACACUUUAUCCCUUCCCAGUAUUCUAACAUCAAUAAUAAAUCAUUUACAAGCUAGUAUUGCACAGGAAAAAAUUACAGCUAGUAAAGUGAAGUCUGUCACAGAACAUAUAUGUAGACUACAAGAUUGUGUUAGCUCACUUCAUAAAUUACAAGUGGAUUCCGUUGAAUACGCGUACCUUAAAGCGUUGACUCUUUUCAGUGCCGACAAUGUCUUAGCCGGCGUGUGGCGUAAAAAGGUUGAAGUUUUACAAGAAGCUGCAUGGACAGAAUUACAACAACGCGUAGGAUCCAACAGGUUACCGCGCCUUCUUUUAAGGCUCGCACCACUUCGUUCGAUUAACCCUAGGGUCUUGGAAGAUUUAUUCUUUGCUGGUCUUAUCGGUAGGGUAAGCGUAGCUAGUGUCGUGCCUUAUAUUCUUACUAUGCAAGAUUACAAAGCUGAACCUGAAAGUCAUAUGGGGUGACAAUUACUAACUGUGCAAUGUAAAUCGUGACCUAAAAAAGUGAUAUCUAUAAAUACAUACAUAUGUUAUAUAUAUAUAUAUAUACACAUAUACGCGUUAGCGCUAAAUGACGAAUAUUUUUAUACAUUGAGAAAGGAAAAUGUAACGAGGCAAUGUUGAUUUUUAUUUUUCAUAAAAGAAUUAUAAUUCUCUCUCUCUCCCUAUACAUAUAUAUAUAUAUAUAUAUUUCUCACAAGCCUCUUUUUAAAGUUGUUAAAACUCAGGGUAGAUGUGUUUUAACUUGUUAAUCAGAUGUAAUAUUUAGCUUAAAAUAUUUCAACGUUUAACAUUUUUUUAUUUAUUAUAAAUUGACUACCUGUUGUACAAAACUUUCCGUCUUGCACAAAACGUUGUAUUUGUAAAAAAUGUUAAUAGUAACAUAUUUAUUAUCAAAAAUAUUGUUAUCAUUGCUGUCAAUAUAAACUCAUCCUUUCAUUAAAAUUACAAACAAUGUUACAAUAUCAUACGUGACUAAUUAUCACUUGAUCAAAAAGCAGAAAGAAGCUUUAAUUUCAAGUUUUUUAAAUAAAAAUAUAUACCUGGAAAGUUUUGUAUUGGCAUGUAUUAUAAAAAUUAUUAUUAAAAAUAUUAUAAACAAUAUUAUUAUACUUAUAAUUUAUUAGCAGUGAAGAAAGAUAGCUCUUUGCUCGAAUUAAUAAUCUUUUACUUCAUCAAUUCUGCAGUUUUUUAUUAUACGUAUAAUAUUCUAAUUAUUUUUACGUAAAAAUGUUGAAAAAUUGUAAAAAAAUUUCAGAAAAAUUUUUUUUUCUGCCACAUAUACAUUAAAAUCUUCGCAGAAGUUUAAAACGUUAGCUAAAUUAUUUCUUUAUGAUCACUGCAUUUUUCCGUCCAAAAAAUCACUAACGUCUUAGUUUUGAUAAAAGAGGAGAUAAUUCAAUAUAACUAUCAGUACAAACAAAUUACAUAUUUCGUUAUAAUUUUAAUGACAUAGUAAUUUUGUUAGAUAUGAGUUGACAUAUGCACACUUUUUACUUAUUUUUCUAGAAAAUAAUCAUUGCAAAUAUGAUAUAUUUCUAGACUGUGUUUUAUUGUAGAUUAAGCAAAAAAAGAUGCAUCAUAUUUAAAAUGCCCAUAAAAAAAUAAUACAUCGUGCAAUAAUACUAAUUUGUGCUGCAUUCAAGAAAAAAAUAUCAGAUCUGUUUUAUUUUCAACAAAAUAGAAACGGAAUUUUCUUAAAUAUCGAGUUUAUUAUGCAUCGAGUAUUAUUUACUUCAAAAUGGACAAUAAUAGUAUA